GUUACCUGAUGCAUGGAUUCUGAAAAUUUGUUGUACCAUUGACCAUCUUACUUUGUGAUGUGAGAUUAUAAUUUCACUUUGCUCAGCAGUAUCAUGCUUUUUUCUAAUUUUAAUUUGUUCUGCAAGUGUUGUAGCUUCUUUUGUUUAAGGACAAUUACAAUCAUGUAUUGUAAGUUGUUUCCUUGUUAUGCAUCCGCAUCAUGAAGUUGUAGAUUGUGUUGUGGAGUUAGUUUGUCCCCUUUGUAAGAUUUGAUUUCAUGCAGGAGUUUUAUCAUCACCAGUUAAAUUCUGGUAUCUCCGAACUCCCUCGAAUUUUUGGGAUGACUGCAUCUCCAAUUAAGUCAAAAGUUGGAAAUUCUGAAUCAUCCUGGUCAGAUAAUAUUCGGAAACUAAUGACUCUAAUGCAUUCAAAGGUAUAUACAUGUGUAAGUGAAGCUGUCAUCAAAGAGUUCAUACCAACAUCAACACCAAAAUUCAAGUUUUACAGGGACAAUGGAAUUCAAUUUGUAUUAUUUGAAGAAUUAGCAUCUAAACUCAAGAUGUUAAAAGAGCAGCAUGAAUUCACACUAAGAAGUUCAGAUUUCACUAAAUCAGCUGCCGAAUCUGCACAAAAAAGAAUAACAAAGAGUUUUUUUGCUUUAAUUUUUUGCCUGGAUGAGCUUGGUGUUUGGUUGGCUUUGAAGGCUGCAGAGUCUUUAUCUACCAAUGAAUUUGACUCAUUUUCGUGGGGACACUCUGGGGAUAGAGUUGUUAAAAACUUUAUUUUGGCUUGUGUGCAUACAUUGAAAGGUUACUUACGAUGUGAUCCUGAAUGGUCUAUUGGUGACAAUAUUAAAUCCGAUGUGGAGUUGGGGCUGUUAACCUCCAAAGUUUGUUGUCUUAUUGACUCUCUACUCGAGUACAGGUUAUCAUCAUGGAUUGGUUUCUCUCUAAAUAUUUCAAAUGUGGUUAUGAAAUCAUGUAAUGUGGGUUAUUAUUAUGGAUGUUCCGGCUUUUACUCUCCUUGUUCUUAUUAG